AUGGCUACCGAAUACAAGCUCAAAGGGCUUACGAGCAUUGACCUGAAGAACGGUCAGAAGCAGGAGGUCGAAGUCGACGGCAUUGAAGGCGGAAAGAUUCUGCUGGCCAAGGUCAAGGAUGAGGUCCACGCCAUGAGUGCCAACUGCACCCACUACGGUGCUCCUCUGGUCAAGGGUGUUCUCACUGGCGAGGGCAGAAUCACCUGCCCGUGGCACGGAGCACUCGACCCCUUGGCCAAGUUCGAGGUCUUCGAGCGCGACGGUGCUGUUUACAUCAAGGGCGAGGAGAAGACUAUCAAGGCCAACAGACGCCAGCUCAACAUCAAGUGUCGUAGCGUAAAAGAGCAGGACCAUGUUGUCGUUAUCGGAAGUGGCAGUGGCGCUCUCGGUGCCAUCGAAGGCCUUCGUGGUGGUGGUUACCAGGGAAAGAUCACCGUCGUCUCUCGCGAGAACACACAACCCCUCGACCGUACCAAGCUCUCCAAGGCUCUCAUCACAGACCAGUCCAAGAUUGCAUGGCGCUCGAUGGAGUUCUACAAGGAGGCCUCGGUUGACUUCACCUGGGGCAACGUCACAAAGGUUGACUUCAACAACCGUUCUGUCGAGACCGAUGACGGCAAGAAGCUCAACUACACAAAGCUCAUCAUGGCUUCCGGUGGCACCCCCAAGUGGCUUCCCAUGGACGGCCUCAAGGGAGACCUCGAGAACGUCUUUGUUCUUCGCGCACUUCCCCACGCUCAGAGCAUCAUGAAGGCUGCAGGCGAGGAUGGUGGCAAGAAAAUUGUCGUUGUUGGUAGCUCCUUCAUUGGUAUGGAGGUUGGCAACUGCCUCGCCAGCAUGAAGCACGAUGUUACCAUUGUCGGUAUGGAGGAGGAGCCCAUGAUGACUGUCAUGGGCAAGCAGCUCGGAAAGACCUUCAGAGGUCUGCUCGAGAAGAACGGCGUCAAGUUCAAGCUCAGCGCAGAAGUCGAGGGUGCUAAACCUUCCGAGUCUAACUCCAAGAUGGUCGGUUCAGUACAGCUCAAGGAUGGCACCAACCUGCCUGCAGACCUCGUUAUCGAGGGUGUCGGUGUCAGACCUUCGACCGACUACCUUCAGGACGUCAAGGAGAUCCAGUUGAACAAGGAUGGCUCAGUCAAUGUCAAUGAGUCGUUCCAGGUCGAGGGUCUCAAGGACGUCUUUGCUAUUGGCGACAUCGCUACCUACCCCUACCACGGACCCGGAGGCAACGGCAAGCCUGUUCGCAUUGAGCAUUGGGACGUCGCUCAGAACGCUGGUCGUUCGGUUGCUGGCACGAUCAACGACCCCUCAGCACCUCCCAAGUCUUUCAUCCCCGUCUUCUGGUCUGCUCUCGGUGCUCAGCUCAGAUACUGCGGUAACACACCCAAUGGCUACGACGAUGUCAUCAUUCAAGGCGAGACAGACGCACAGAAGGGACCCAGCUUUGUCGCUUACUUCCACAAGGGAGAAGAGAUCGUUGCAGUCGCCAGCAUGAUGAAGGAUCCCUACAUGACACAAAGCGCCGAGUUGAUGAGACGCAAGAAGAUGCCCAGCAAGAGCGAGAUCCAGAAGGGCGUUGACAUUCUCGAAAUCUCAAUUCCCUCAGAGAUCAAGAUUUAG